AUGGUCGACCCCCUCAUUGAUCCGAAUUCACUCAACUUGACGCUAAAAUUCUCGCACCUUCCUCCCUUGACAGCUUCGGCUGUUGCCGGCUUGGCGCCCGAGGCGCGCGACAAACAUUUCGCGCGUCGCUUGACUUCACGACCUUCUUCAACAAAACAUCAAAUCGAUUGUACGACGCCCCCAGAGAUUCUGAAAAUGAAUUCCCAACUUGGAAAACGACGUCGCGACGAGCGCGACAACGGCGGCGAAGACCGCAAACCAAAGAUGCAGAAGAACGGCCGGUUCGACGUCCGCGGCAAUUGCCUCCACUGCCACCGGCCAGGGCACAAGUGGAGCUUCUGCUGGCAAGAGUGCGAGUGGUGCCACAGCACCCAGCAUUCGGCCAACAAUGGCGUACGCCCAGCGGUCCCAGUGGGCAAUGCCGGACACUGCGUGCCGCUUUUGCGGCAGUAUCCCAACUUUUACGAAGAACAUGGUCGGUACGUCAGCACACAGACGUUCCAGCAUCUCCAGGAGGGGAAUGCAGCCAUGCUUGUAAGAGAUGCGCAGGACCGGGCAUACGCGGACGCGGCCGUACCCUACAGGGCCCUGCAGGAGGAGAACGCCCAGCUGCGAGAGCAAGUCGGCCUGCAGCAGGAAACAAUCGACGGGCUCGCUGCAGUCACGGGAGUGCAGGAUAGGAGGAUCGCGCAUGGGCGCGUGAUCGCCAACGAGCUCCGAGGCUCGUUGGUCACUGCUGAUGAGCAAGAUGAGCGCACCCACAACUGGUCGUACAACGACGGCCAGCGGGACAUGGCCGAGUUUAUUGAACAGGAGAACGACGACUUCUUUGCGUCGACGUCUCGCCAAGACUCGCCUGUCCGGGACCGCUCGCCUCCUCUGCGCAUCACCGCGCCACACAACAACGGCAUCAACACCCGCCGGGAUGGCCUGUCUGACGAUGCCCGCAACGCCAACUUUGCGGAGUCGCGUCGCGCAGGUCCGUCUGUUGGUGACGAAGGCUACGAAUUUCGUGGCGUAGCCUCUCGUCGUGGUGCCAAUGCGCGUGGUGGACAAACUCGCGGUGGUGACCGUGGCCACACAACCCGUGGUCGUGGUGGAGUCUCUCGCCGUGGAGCUCCUCGCGGCGGGAAGCAACCUCGUGGUGGCUCUCGCGGCGGCAACAACCAUCCAAGGCGCGAUAUUUGGAUGCUUUCGCUCGAGGACAACGCAGCGCACUCGACUCUUCAACUCUAUUCCACGAUGAGCCGUUUUGUUCUCCAUGCCAACCUCAUGAACGUCGACACGCAUCAAGACGCCAACCAAAUCCCAAGGUCCAAAAACGCGCUUUGCACUUGCAUCGCGGAUCGAACGAGACAACGAGGCUUGGUCCAGACGGACCAAUCCUUCGAGCUUGAAGACCAGCACAUCUUGAAGCAAGUGCUCCGUCAGCCACCACCGCCACGUCGAAUGACAAUCUACCAUACUUUCGGCUUGUCAUGUGGAAACGCACAAGAAGUUCCAGAGACCUCACUGAUGCACGCCCGAUCUCGAUCCUGCAAUGCAACUCCGGUUCCAAAUACCCUUACUGGUUUGCCCGACAACCUUACCAAACCUCAUUCAUCUUCACCAGUUGUAGCGCUCUCAAUGGGGAAUGCUCAGCAUUGCUCCGCUCAGAAACGCACAUACCAAUGCCAACGGCAGAGUGACAACAGUCGGCCAGUGGCUUUGUAA